GGGGGUAGGAAAGGAUGAAUCAUCCCGUCCCACUUCUCGGCUUGCGCCAGCCCCCUCCUAAAAUCCCGCGGCAGCCAGCAGGCGAUGCCGCGCUCCAGCUCCGACUCACUGAGCCCUCAGCGACCUGCAGAGGAGAGGAGACGGACAAGGCGGGAGGCCAAUGAGAAAGCAGCUCUCACGGCCGCCGUCCGAUGAGCCUCGGCUCCCUGGCGGGGCGGGGCUAGCAGUGGGAAGGGGGCGGGCCCGGGCUGGCGCGCAGCGCGGAGGCUCGGCGGCUCACAGCGAGAGCGCGUCUUGGGGAGUCGGCGCCUAGGCGACCGGGGAAGGCGCCACCACCGCCGCCGCUGGCCAAGGUGCUGGCCACCACAGGCCCAUCGGCUGCUUCUCCAGGUCAGGCCCCUUCCGCCGCAGCCGCUGCUGCCUCGCUUUCAGCCAGGUCCCCAUGGAAGAGAUGGAGGAAGAGUUAAAAUGCCCAGUGUGUGGCUCCUUCUAUCGGGAACCCAUCAUCUUGCCCUGCUCUCACAAUUUAUGUCAGGCGUGCGCCCGCAACAUCCUGGUGCAGACCCCGGAGUCCGAGUCCCCCCAGAGCCGCCGGGCCUCGGGCUCUGGGGUUUCCGACUAUGAUUAUCUGGAUCUGGACAAGAUGAGCCUGUACAGCGAGGCGGACAGCGGCUAUGGAUCCUAUGGAGGUUUCGCCAGCGCCCCCACUACCCCGUGCCAGAAGUCACCCAACGGCGUCCGCGUUUUCCCCCCUGCUAUGCCGCCACCGCCCACCCACCUGUCACCGGCUUUGGCCCCUGUGCCCCGCAAUUCCUGCAUCACCUGCCCCCAGUGCCACCGCAGCCUCAUUCUGGAUGACCGGGGGCUCCGCGGUUUCCCCAAGAACCGUGUCCUGGAAGGGGUCAUCGACCGCUACCAACAGAGCAAAGCCGCGGCCCUCAAGUGCCAGCUCUGCGAGAAGGCGCCCAAGGAAGCCACGGUCAUGUGUGAACAGUGCGAUGUCUUCUACUGCGACCCUUGCCGUCUGCGCUGCCACCCGCCCCGGGGCCCCCUAGCCAAACACCGUCUGGUGCCCCCUGCCCAGGGCCGCGUCAGCCGGCGGCUGAGCCCGCGCAAGGUCUCCACCUGCACAGACCAUGAGCUGGAGAACCACAGCAUGUACUGCGUGCAAUGCAAGAUGCCCGUGUGCUACCAGUGCCUGGAGGAGGGCAAACACUCCAGCCACGAAGUCAAAGCUUUAGGGGCUAUGUGGAAAUUGCACAAGAGCCAGCUCUCCCAGGCCCUGAAUGGAUUGUCGGACAGGGCCAAAGAAGCCAAGGAGUUCCUGGUGCAGCUCCGCACCAUGGUACAACAGAUCCAGGAAAACAGUGUGGAGUUUGAGGCCUGCCUGGUGGCCCAGUGUGAUGCGCUCAUUGAUGCCCUAAACCGAAGGAAGGCUCAGCUGCUGGCCCGGGUCAACAAGGAGCAUGAACACAAGCUGAAGGUGGUUCGGGACCAGAUCUCUCACUGCACGGUGAAGCUGCGUCAGACCACGGGCCUCAUGGAGUACUGCUUGGAAGUGAUUAAGGAGAACGACCCCAGUGGUUUUCUGCAGAUUUCAGAUGCUCUCAUAAGGCGAGUUCACUUAACUGAGGACCAGUGGGGGAAGGGCACCCUCACUCCCAGGAUGACCACAGACUUUGAUCUGAGCCUGGACAACAGCCCUCUGCUGCAGUCUAUUCACCAACUGGACUUCGUGCAAGUGAAAGCCUCCUCUCCAGUCCCAGCAACCCCCAUCCUACAGCUGGAGGAGUGUUGCACCCACAACAACAGUGCUACGCUGUCCUGGAAACAGCCCCCUCUGUCCACUGUAGCCGCCGAUGGAUACAUCCUGGAGCUGGAUGAUGGCAGUGGUGGUCAGUUCCGGGAAGUGUAUGUCGGAAAAGAAACAAUGUGCACAGUGGACGGCCUUCACUUCAACAGCACAUACAACGCUCGGGUUAAGGCUUUCAACAAAACAGGAGUCAGCCCCUACAGCAAGACACUGGUCCUCCAGACAUCUGAGGCAGCGGGAGCCCAUGAGACAAAACCUAUGAAGGGAAGGUGACAUUUCUUAGUCUCUUUUCAAUGUUCACGAGAUACCCGUGUCUAUUAAUAGUUACAAGAUGUGGACCUGCGAUCCCCGGUACCACAGUUACAGAACUGGGGGUCAUUUUCUAAGUGAAACUAAUGGACCACGUUCCCUACGAACAAAGAAACUGUAUUGUAGAAACCCAUUCCUCCAUGAAUUUUAUAUCCUAUAUAUUAUGUGCAUAUAUAUAUAUAUAUAUAAGGUAUGUAUGUGACUGUGAGUCACCCUGACCAUUAUGUAGAUAUAUCAGUGUUGUCUGUGACUGCCCAGAAGCGACUCACUCAUGAUGAAAUAAAGUUCACACACAUUCUUUCUCCACACUUUGGUUUGUUCUAUUUGUUCUCCCUCAUUUAAGUAGUGACACAAGAUUUAGGAAGUGAGGGGACGUGUAGCAAAUUGUCAUUUCAAAGGAGACUUGAUCAGUCUGCUGUAACAGAGAAAGCCUGUCUCAUUCUAUUCUCUUCAGUUCCCUAAAUGUCAGUGAGAAGUCGGUUGCACUUACUCUUUCUCCUGUUAUUUCUACAGUUUCUGGAAAGUUCACUCUGAAGUUCCUUGUUGUUUUGCUGGGGUGGCUGGGUGGUUUGUUCUAGCUCUUUUGUGACAAUCUUUCAUGUUCUCCUUAGCAAGGAUCAACAUCUUUCCAAACUCCAGAACAACAGGUCUGUGUCUCAGAAAGGCACAUUUCAUACGUGACAGCAAGUCCAAGCUAAUGACAUACAUGAAGUAUGUGUUUAAAGCACGUGUCAUUAAUACUCUGUCACAAAACCCAGAGGUGACAUUACAUGGGGUGGGGGAUGUCAAAGGUGUGCAUUGUUGUGAAUUCUGAUCAUUUCUGUCUGUCUGUCUGUCUAUCAGAGAGUAUUUGAUAAGUGGGCACGGUGAUACACAAUGGGUAGAAAGUAUAGAGCCCCUGUUCUCUUGCUGGGUAGAGUUUACAGGCUAGUUAAGGGAGAUGGGUCUUAAAGAAACAUGCACAUAACUGCAAAGGAAAGACAACAUAUACAUUAAAAAAUUGGUCCAAAAAUACACAAUAAUUGAAACCAAUGGAAAAUGUAGUGUUACGUAGGUUCAAGUUAGGUUACUCCACGGAAUGCAGGUUUCUGGGGAUGUGUCCAGGACGGACACACGAAUAAAGCCAGACCCAGAUCUCAACCAACUUAAGAAGAAAUAUAAACAUAAGCAACUAUGAAUUUGAGUGAAACGGCUGAGACAGGGUAGCUCAGCAGGAAGGGGCUUGUCUUCUGAGUACCUGAGCUCACAUGUAGGAAGGAAAGUUGUCCUCUGUCCCCACAGGCAUGUCACUGGCUCUCCCACACCAUACGCAAGUAAUUCAAUAAGUAAGUAAAUAAAAAGAGAAAAUUUAUGUAUUUUAGUGACAUAUUAAAAAUAAGGCUCAUACACUUGGUUGUUUAUUUUUGCUGUUGUUUUUUUUUUUCCUAAAUUAACUCAUCAAAUAAGUCUCCUGACUAUGCAUUGCCUUUGAAGCUAUCUGCAAAGAGUCCUGAAGCCAUUAUGUAGCAAGGCCUUCUUAACAUACCCUGUUCUGAGGCUCGUUCUGUGUGACAGACUGUACCCCCACCAAAAACAUUCAGGCAAGGCUGAGAGAUGAUGGGGAACUUCCUGUUCGUUUUCCUGACGAUUCCCCUCUGCCUGCCUGAGCCAACAGCGCCUUCUGCUUGUCUGUUGUAUCUGGAGAGACUGGGGUACAGCACAGGUGAUACCCCUGGAGUUGUGAGCUUGCUAUAAGAAAGGGUUUCCUGGGACUCUACGCUGCUGAGCCUCCCAAGCACAGGGAGCUCUGUAGUGUUGUUCAUGCCUGACAGUCUUCCAGAGGAGGUAGCGCUGCCCCUUGAACAAAGUAUAGGAUUAAGACCUCUACACAAAACCUACUCUUUAUCUCUAGUCUCUGUGGAAGGUUCAUCUGGACAGGUUCGUGGGCAUUAGAACUACUUCUGGGCAUUUUUGAGAUCCUUGGCCUAUGUUUCCAAAUUGCGUUCCAGAUAGACUGUAGACCAAGAACAUGUGGAUCAUUCUAGAGUAGUGUGUCUCCAUAAUUCUUCUACCUUAAGGUUUAAUUUAAAAUAAUAGGUAGUCACUUCUAAAAAUAAACAUGUUUCUAAAAGAAUUUGGCCAUAUGUGUUCAUAGAAUUACUACCAUGAUUGUUCCAUACCUAAUAGCCACAUGAAAUAAGUUGCAACACAUUGCAGGGGAGGACCCGAGAUCUAAGGAGGAGAGGGAGGACUUCCCAGGAAAGAUGUAGUAGGAGGGAAAUCCAAGCAGACAAAAUUAUGAUGCGUGAGGCAAAAAUCUCUGAAAUCUACUUUGACAGCAACAGUAAACUUGAUCAUUCCAAAGCUCCAACUAACUGAGCAUCUUGGUCAUGCCAAAAACCAACUUAGCCCCAUAUUCACAGAGAUGGCACAAAGUCCAGCCCUCUCCUUUAACUUGAGGGCCUCGUUGCUCUUUUGCACACUCCCUGGCAGCUUGCUGAGGUCUGCGUGUGUCACUGCUCCUCUUUAAGCUGUCUGCCCUUCAGUCUAGAACACCAUCUUGAAACCAUUAAGUAAGAAGAAUGGCCUGCAGUUAGCAUGGGGGGAAAAGAUAUAAAGUCCAGGCUCAUUGGUUCCUAGGUACCCAUUCUGCGCAAAUUCACUGACUCAUUGCUAUGAGCCCAGCAACCACAUUAAAGAAAAUUAUAUAAAAGAAAAUUAU